UGCAAAUAUAUUCAUUUCUUGAUUCGUUGUAUACACAGAAUUUACUCAAGAAUGUCGCGCAAGAGUUUCACCAUGCGAUACAAAAGUACUGACACAACGCGUGCUUCUGAUACUAGUCUGCUCCGAAGCAGGCUAAGCCGCAUUCAGAAUAGUCGCAUGGACAUGAGCAAAAGCCAAUUUUCAAUGAAGCCGCGCACAGUGCCUGAGGAGAUUGGCAAAGGGCCGAUUUACGAUCGAGGAUUCUACUCGGAAUUAGCCACAGACUUAGAUCUUUCAAUGACUGAGAAGGCGAAAGCUGGUGAUCGCAAACCGGCAUUUAUCUGGGAAGUAGCCACCUUUCGUCAUUCGCCAACCAUUCGAAAAUGGAAGCCUGAUUUUAUCCACAAGAUUCUGGCACCUGCCGAACGAUGGAUGUGCUUUGAAGAAGAAAAAACUAUUAGUUUUCCCGUGGAUGUUUUCAAACCAAAAGUCCAACUUCAAUACAACAUGGAACCUUAUAAGGUUCCGCGAAGUGUCGCUAUUGAACAAAAACGACGAUUGUACGAAACUCAAAACUGGUCUGAAUGUCUCAAAGACAUGAAUAUAACACCAGAAGAAAUUUUACCAGUUGACGUAUUGGAUCGUGAGUGGACCCGUGUUAAAUUUGGAUUGUACACAAUGAUACACUGGUUGCCCCUGGAAUGGUUUGAUGAUGAAGAAUAUAGUUCAAAGUCACCUCAAGGUUGGCUGGAUCAUGGUCUUAUAGAUGGAAUUGCGCAUCCAGUCCCAGCUAUUGCGUUUAUCCCUGUACCUCAGCCAGAAUUAAUUCCUCUCGCAGAUCGGUUAAAUCUUCUUUAUGAUUGGAUCAAUGUUGCUGUUUUAUCAUGGGAUGACACUACUAAAAGAUAUAGGAUUCUCACUUUGGAUGGGUUUAAAAGAACGAUGUAUUUGCCGGAGAUAUACAUUCUAUUUGGAGCUGAAGAACCCAUGAGGAGUGCAAAACGGAUAAAAGCUUCUGUUAAUCUUCGAAAUGAUGCAGAAAAAAUGAUAAGGUGGCAGUAUGUUUUGGAUUCACAAGUCUUAACAGGAAUUUAUGAAAUUCCACCCGCGUGGAUAAAAAAGAUGAAAUCGCUUGCAAUUGUAGGAAAAGUACAUAAAAACAUUAUGAAUCUUAGCGUAGAUGAGUUAGUCGAAGAAAUUCAAUUAAACCACAAACGAACGCUCGGUGAGUUAGAAUUUCGUUGGAGUGUAACCAACACUCCGGAUCAAUACAAAUUUAUUGUUGUACCUCCGAUUGUGGAAGAGAAAAUCCCUGAUAAAGGUCGUGUAGAUGCAAUCAUUGAGCAUUUCGAGGAAAAAAGCAAAUAUUUUGCUUGGUAUACAAUCUAUGUUCUUCCAAACUCUCUUUGUGCAAUGCAGCAGGUCAUUGCCGAGUGCCUCAAAGUCGAGCAAAUGACACUAUUCACCAUGAGCUACGGUAAACUGGUCACCCUGGAUGAAUUUGAAACAAUCCAGAAUAAAUUCACCGCACAGGUGAUGAAAUAUUUAAAGUACACUUGGAUUGAUACCACUGCCUUCAACCUACGAAUGUGCAUCAGCGACUGUGGAAAGGGAUGGUUUGAUAUCAACGAGGGAGUACAUCAAAUUUAUGAUAUUGCCAAGUUGAGCAGGUUGUUCGAGUGUGUCAAAUAUCGCAUGCAGUACGCUUUGCGUGUGAUUAUUGAAAACUCUGUUCACCAAUAUUCGACGCUUCUUGCAACUCCAUGCAAUAUUUGCAAUGACAUAACGGAAGAUUUCGAAUGGACUAUUGAUUUGAUAAAUACUCCUUUCCUUCCUCGAGUUCCACCAAUUUUUACGCUUGUUUUAAGAUUAUCCGAAGUUUCGGCCUAUUAUUCGACAGAUCCAGACGUUUAUGAAAAAACUUUGUUAAAGCUAUACGAUCAGGCGAUUGUUAGCACACAUUCCAUCAAACAAAUCCAUCCAAACGUGCUGAUAAAACUUAGAUUUGCAAAUGAUUUGUACCUUACAUCGGUGGGGCUGCUCGACGAAAAUAUCUGUUUAUUACGAGAUAAUUUUCUUUAUGGUUAUCGGAAAUCUAUUAUUCCAUUAAAAGCAUAUGCGAAGAGAUAUGAAAUUUAUUUAGAUUUCUGGAAUAUGAACAUUGUGAAUUAUCUUCAACAAUAUAAAGACGAAAAUCAUUCAGCACCUGAAGUAAAAGAAGAAGUUAAUUAUCAUGUACGCAUGAAAGAAAACCUAGAAGCUACAAUUCCAGCUUCAAUUAUAAUUGGACCGUUUUUCGUCAACACUGAUAACGUUAAACAGUUAUUGAUUGCUAAACGACUAGAUGUUAUCAAGAAACUACUGGACCAGUUUGCUGAGAGAAUGAAAGCGUUAUUUGCUGAGGUAAUUGAAGAAUACAAACUAAUUCAAACAAAAUUAGCUGAAAAACCAAUCUCAAUCGAAUCGAUUUAUGAUAUGCGUGACUGGAUUGAAACAAUUCCAAUGACAGUGCGUCAAUUGGACGAAACCACAAAACGCCUCAAUUUAGAGUAUGAAAUUCUCGAUCUCUUUUGGUAUAAUUUACCGCAGGAGGACUUUGAUCAAAAGUGGGACGCCAUUGGGUGGCCUAACAAAAUAACGCGCUAUAUCGAUGACACAAACGAAGUGCUAAUUGAAGAGACUGAGAAAUUUAUGAAGAUACAGAUUCAGGAUGAGGCGAAUUUACAGGAAAAGAUCGAGGCGCUAAUUGUGCAAGUUUCCGGAAUGUACCAAUAUAGUGACGCGUCCAAAUGUGCUGAUAUUGCAAUUGAGAUGAGAAGAGUGUGGAGGCAAAUAAAAGAAGCACAAGAACAAGGGCAACUACUAAACUCUCGUCAAAAACUUUACCUAUCACCAGUUGUACCAUUCGAAGCUUUAACCAAGUUGAUCAAAGAGUUUGAACCUUAUAAAAACAUGUGGACAACUGCCGCAGAUUGGUUAUCCUGGUAUGAAAUAUGGAUGGAUAAUCCACUCUCUCAAAUUGAUGGAGAAGGUAUCGAUGUCCUGGUUUCGGACAUGUAUAAAACAAUGGUGAAAUCAAUUCGGAUCUUCUCUGAUUUCCCAAAAGUUCAAGCUGUUGCUGCAAAUAUCAAAGAUCAAAUUGAACUGUUCAAACCUUUGAUACCCAUAAUACAGAGUUUGCGUAAUCCUGGUAUGCGAGACCGUCAUUGGGAGCAGUUCUUCAAAGAUACUGGUUUAAAUAUUCCAUGGGGACCGGCAAUUACAUUCAAACAAUGCCUCGAAUACGGCAUUGCAAAAGUCGCAGAUAAUAUUGUACGCAUUUCGGAAUAUGCAACGAAAGAAUUCUCAAUUGAGCAGGCCCUGGACAAAAUGGAGAGUGAAUGGGAUGAUUGCAUGCUUGAGCUGACUCUGUAUAAACAAACUGGAACAUUUAUAAUGAAAGUUUCCGAUGAUAUUCAACAGAUGUUGGAUGACCACAUUGUGUUGGCACAGCAGUUGUCUUUCAGUCCAUUCAAAGCAGCACUCUCGGAACGCAUUGAAAAUUGGGAAGCAGCUUUGAAAGUUACUUAUGAUGUAAUCGAAGAAUGGAUUGAUGUGCAACGGCAGUGGAUGUAUUUGGAACCUAUUUUCAGUAGUGAUGACAUCAGUAAACAGCUACCUCUUGAAACCAAGAAAUAUUUAUCCAUGGAAAGGACCUGGAAGAGGAUUAUGCGGGCAGCUUACCAGAAACCAAAAAUCAUCGACUUUUGUGCAGACAAGAAACUUUUGGAGUCCUUGAAAGAUGCUAAUCAUAUUUUGGAAGUAGUCCAGAAGGGCUUAGCUGAAUAUCUGGAGAUGAAGCGGAGCGUGUUUCCAAGAUUAUACUUCCUCAGCGAUGACGAGUUAUUGGAGAUUCUAUCACAGGCUAGAAAUCCACUGGCGGUGCAACCGCAUCUUAGAAAAUGUUUCGAGAAUAUUGCCAAGUUAAAUUUCGAGGCAGAUUUGAAAAUCACUCAAAUGUUCUCCGGUGAAGGAGAAUGCGUUGACUUGGUAACCACUAUGUAUCCAACUGGAAAUGUUGAGUUUUGGUUGUUGCAAGUCGAGAAGAUUAUGAAAGAUACCGUGCGGUCUAUUCUGGGAGCUUCAUUAAAGACUAUCUCAAACACAGAUAGAAAAGAAUGGGUUUUAGAAUGGCCUGGUCAGGUGGUCAUUGCCGGUUGUCAGACAUAUUGGACAACUGGUGUUGAGCACGGUAUCAAUACAAAUUCUUUGAAAAGGUUCUUCCAACUUGUUUUAGCAAAUUUGGAUUCUCUAAGGAGUUUGGUAAAAGGUGGUUUGACUUUUCUUCAAAGAGAAGUUUUGUCAGCUUUGAUUGUGAUUGAGGUUCACGCACGAGAUGUCACUCAAACAUUGGUAGAUAACGAAGUAGCCAAUGUUAAUGAUUUUGAUUGGAUUAGCCAAUUGAGAUAUUACUGGGUUGAGGGUGAAAUGAAAGUACGUGCGGUAAACGCUGAAUUUCCAUAUGGUUACGAAUAUCUAGGCAAUUCCGGUCGACUUGUAAUUACCCCAUUGACAGAUCGUUGUUACCUCACACUCACUGGUGCCCUGCACUUAAAAUUCGGCGGGGCCCCAGCCGGACCCGCUGGAACUGGUAAAACCGAAACCACUAAAGAUCUCGCUAAGGCAAUGGCGAUUCAAUGCGUUGUCUUCAACUGUUCAGAUCAAUUAGAUUUUAUCUACAUGGGCAAGUUCUUUAAGGGUUUAGCAAGUUCAGGAGCAUGGGCGUGCUUUGAUGAAUUCAAUCGUAUUGACAUAGAAGUCUUGUCAGUAAUUGCUCAACAGAUCAUGACGAUUCAAAAGGCUCAACAAGCACGACUUGAUCGCUUCUUAUUUGAAGGCUGUGAAAUUGCCUUAAAGGACACUGCAGCAGUAUUUAUUACAAUGAACCCUGGUUAUGCUGGAAGGACAGAACUUCCUGAUAAUUUAAAGGCUUUGUUUAGACCUGUGGCUAUGAUGGUGCCAAAUUAUACACUGAUUGCAGAAAUAUCUUUAUUCUCGUUUGGUUUUGGUAAUGCAAAACCUUUGGCAAAUAAGAUUACGACGACUUUUAAGCUAAGUUCCGAGCAGUUGAGUACUCAAGAUCAUUAUGAUUUCGGAAUGAGAGCGGUGAAGACUGUUAUUGCAGUUGCGGGUAAUUUAAAACGUGAGAAACCGGAGAUGGAUGAACGACAGAUUGUUUUGAGGGCUAUACGAGAUGUAAAUGUGCCAAAGUUUUUAAAAGAUGAUUUAAAACUAUUUAAUGGUAUAGUAUCCGAUUUGUUUCCAAAAAUGGUUGAGGAAGCUGUUGAUUAUGGUGCUUUAGAAACGAGUAUUCGUACUUGUUUGAUUGAAAGUGGUUUAGAAGACGUCAACGACUAUGUCAAGAAAGUAAUACAAUUAUAUGAAACAACAGUCGUGCGACAUGGUUUGAUGUUGGUUGGACCUACUGGAUCAGGCAAAACUUGUUGUUAUGAAAUAUUGAAAAAAGCAAUGACGAUGUUAUCGGAAAAAGGAAAAAUUACACCAGCUGGGUUGCCAUUUUGUAAAGUGUUUUCCUUCGUCCUCAAUCCGAAAUCUAUUACAAUGGGUCAACUAUACGGAGAAUUUGAUCUUCAAACACAUGAAUGGACUGAUGGUAUUCUGCCAUCCCUUGUUCGUAUUGGAGUUGCUUCUACAACUGAUGACAAAUGUUGGUACAUCUUUGAUGGUCCUGUGGAUGCUGUAUGGAUUGAAAACAUGAAUUCCGUGCUGGAUGACAAUAAAAAACUGUGUCUCAGCAGUGGUGAAAUUAUUAAACUCCGCGAUACUCAAACUAUGAUUUUUGAAGUGGCUGACUUGGCAGUUGCUUCUCCGGCUACUGUAAGCAGAUGCGGGAUGGUGUUUCUGGAACCUGGUGUUCUUGGGCUUGAGCCGUAUGUCAAUUGCUGGUUGAAACGCAUUCCACAGUUGGCUGUCGACUUCACGGAUGUGUUGCGUGAUUUAAUCAAUACUUAUUUAUAUCCUGCGUUGGAUUUUGUACGGACAAGUCUCCGGGAAAUUCUGACUUCGAUAGAUUCAGCGAUGGUUACCACUUUCUUACAUAUGAUGGACUAUCGGAUGACUCCGUUGACCGGGAAGGAUAAUCGACCACCUCCGGCACCGCAGUUUUUGAAACUCAUGCCUGAGUUGAUGGUACCAUGGGUAAUGUUUUCGUUGGUGUGGAGUAUAGGCUGCACGUGUGACAAUGAAGGACGGAUCAAGUUUAAUGAUUGGUUGCGACAGAGAAUGGUGGAGCAUAAACACAAACCACUAUUUCCUGAACAGGGAUUAGUUUACGAUUACAAAUUGCAUGAUGGCGGUUUUACGGAUGCUACAGUUGAUGGCAAUGCCAAGCCGCCAUCUUGGCAUCAUUGGAUGGAAGAAAAUGAAGAGUUUAAGAUAACAGUUGAUAUGAAAUACUCAGAUAUUGAAAUACCUACAAUUGACAAUGUUCGAAACUCUGAACUUAUUGGUAUGAUUCUGCUCAACGAAAAGAACGUUUUAUGUGUAGGCCCAACCGGCACCGGAAAAACAUUAACAAUCAUACGAAAACUAUCGCAAAACAUGCACAAAAAAUUUAUCUGUGAUUUCAUCAACUUUUCAGCGAGGACUUCAUCAAAUCAAACUCAGGAUUUGAUUGAUUCAAAACUUGAUCGUCGACGCAAAGGUGUCUACGGUCCACCUGUACUCAAAAGACAAGUAUUUUUCAUUGACGACUUUAACAUGCCUGCAUUAGAAGUGUACGGUGCGCAGCCACCAAUUGAACUCAUCCGCCAGUGGAUGGACUUUUCUGGAUGGUAUGAUCGCAAAAACAUUGGCGACUUCCGACAGAUUAUCGAUGUAAAUUUUGCCGCCGCUAUGGGUCCACCUGGUGGCGGUAGAAAUCCAAUUACCCCGCGUCUUCUACGACAUUUUCAUUAUCUCACUUUCUUGGAGUUUGAAGAUGCGGUGAAGAAGGAGAUUUUUGGGAAAAUUUUUGGAUUCUGGAUAAACCGUACAGAAUUCCCUGACUUUUUCCAACCUAUUUUAACAGCUUCACUUAAAGUUUACCGCACAAUUUGCGAGGAAUUACUGCCGACUCCUGCAAAGACUCAUUACACAUUUAAUUUGCGAGAUUUGAGUAAGAUUUUUCAAGGAAUGUUGAUGUUUGAUCCUGAAACAAUACAGUCUGUUGAAGAAAUAAUAAGACUCUGGUAUCAUGAAAACUGUCGUGUAUACCAAGAUCGUUUAGUAAACGAUGAGGAUCGACAUUGGUUUGACGAUCUCUUGGAGAAUAAAAUUGUCGAGUUUAAAUAUACUGUUGAGGAUUGUCUAGGAAGUGAUGUUUUGUUUUAUGGCGACUUUAUGGAUCAAUCCGAUCUGCGUCCUUAUGUACAGAUUACCAACCAACAACAACUUGCAAACGUUUUGAACAACUUCCUUAACGAUUAUAACACCCAAACAACAUCACCAAUGAAAUUAGUUUUAUUCAUGGAUGCAAUUCAACAUGUCUGCCGAAUUUGUCGUAUAAUUCGACAACCAAUGGGCAAUGCACUUUUAUUAGGCAUGGGUGGAUCAGGUCGCCAAAGUUUAACACGUCUUUCCUCUCACAUUUCUGAAUUCUCUUGCUUCCAAAUCGAAUUGUCGAAAGCAUAUGGCGUGACGGAAUGGCGCGAAGACGUCAAAAACUUGAUGCUUAAGUCUGGUCUUCAAAAACGCGAAACAGUUUUCUUGUUCUCUGACACACAGAUCAAGAAUGAUUUAUUUUUGGAGGACUUGAACAAUAUUUUGAAUUCGGGUGACGUGCCAAAUUGCUAUCCGCCUGAGGAUAUGGAUAAAAUAUAUCAAGGAAUGAAAGGAAUCUUAACCGAAUUGGGUAUUGUUGCAACCAAGAGUAAUCUGUUUGCUAUUUAUCAAAAACAAGUACGGAUGAAUUUGCAUACUGUUAUUUCUAUGAGCCCAAUUGGUGAAAUAUUCCGAGCGCGUUUACGACAAUUCCCUGCGCUUGUUAAUUGCUGCACAAUCGAUUGGUUUUCACCUUGGCCCAACACCGCUUUACAAUCCGUGGCGAAACAAUAUCUGCUCGAUAUUCCUGAACUUCAAGUAUCCGACUUGGUGUUGAGAGGAAUUGUGCAAGUGUGUCAGUUUAUGCACGCCAGCGUCGUCACCGCCAGUGAGCAGUUUCUUGCGGAAUUAUCGCGUCACAACUACGUCACACCCACCUCCUACCUGCAGCUCCUCUCCAGCUAUACCAAUCUGAUGAAGCGAAAGAAAGGCGGUCUCACCGAAGGCAUCGGCCGACUUAAAACUGGAUUACAUAAACUACAAUCUACCUCAGAGGAGGUGAAAGACUUACAGUUGCAGUUAAAAUUAAUGAAACCUGCUUUGGAGAUUGCCGCUGCUGAUGCAGAAGUAAUGAUUACGAAAAUUGCAGCAGAUACAAAAGUCGCCGAGGAGACACGUGUGAUUGUUGAGAAAGAAGAGGAAGAAGCAACGAAGAAAGCUAUGGAGACUCAAUCGAUUGCAGAUGAUGCAGCGAGAGAUUUAGAGGAAGCUAUGCCUGCUUUACUUGCAGCUGAAAGAAGUCUACAGGCUUUGAAUAAAAAUGAUAUUACUGAGGUCAGGGCCAUGAAGCGACCACCUGUUGGUGUGAUUUUUGUCAUCGAGAGUAUCUGCAUUGUCAGGGUGAAACCGAACAAGGUCCCAGGGCUAAAACCCGGUGAGAAAUUGUUGGAUUAUUGGGAACCAGGGCGCGCAAUGCUAUCAGAUCCUGGUGCGUUUCUUACGUCACUAAUGAACUUUGACAAGGAUAGUAUCACGGAGGAAAUGAUACAAAAACUUGCUAAAUACGUGAAUGAUCCUAACUUUUUACCAGCUAAAAUUAUCAAAGUGUCGAAAGCUUGCACAUCACUCUGUAUGUGGGUUCACGCAAUGUAUAAAUAUUAUUUUGUUAAUCUGCAAGUUGCACCUAAAAAGGCCGCGCUGAAGAAAGCAAAUGAAGAAUUGGCUAUUACCGAAGCAGCUCUUGCAAAAGCAAACGCUCAAAUGAAAGAAAUCCUCGAUGGGUUAGAAGUUCUCAAUGAGAAACUAAGAAGCAAGAUGGAGUUUAAAGCCGAAAAGGAAGCCAGUAUUAAUAUGUGUCAAGAGAGGAUGAAUCGCGCUGUUAGAUUAAUUUCAGGUUUAGCCGAUGAACGCGUCAGAUGGAUUAAAACAAUUGCAAGCAUUGAGGCAAAUACGGUUAAUGCCACCGGUGACAUUUUGAUUUGUUCCGGAGCGGUUGCCUACCUUACACCGUUUACAGACAGCUAUAGAAAAGACUUAUUUAAAAAAUGGUUGAAUUUAUUGACGGUUGUGAAAGUUCCACACUCGGAAAAGUGUGAUCCGGUUUCUAUACUUGGUGAACCAGUUGUAAUUAGAUCAUGGCAGAUUGACGGGUUGCCUAGGGAUGCUUUAAGCACGGAGAAUGCUGUGUUGGUGUCUUGUUCAUCAAGAUGGCCGCUGUUUAUUGAUCCACAAAGUCAAGCUAAUAAAUGGAUUAGAAAUAUGGAGAAACCAAGAGGUUUGACAAUUUGUAAACUUGCCGAUAAGGAUCUAGUCAGAACUUUAGAAUUGGCAAUCAGAUUUGGUAAACCAGUUUUAAUUGAAAAUGUUGGAACCGAGUUGGAUCCUUCAUUAGAUCCUGUUUUGUAUAAAUCUCUUUUCAAACAAGGCGGGCAAUGGAUGUUGAAACUGGGAGAUUCAAUUGUUCCUUAUAAUGAUGACUUCCAGUUGUAUAUCACAACAAAGUUGACUAAUCCACAUUAUACUCCAGAAGUUUCUAUCAAAGUUCAAUUGAUUAACUUUACAGUUGUUCCAACGGGUUUGCAAGAUCAAUUACUGGCACUUGUAGUAAUGCAAGAACGUCCUGAUUUGGAAGAACAACGCAGUCAAAUUGUUAUCGGCAGCGCCCAGAUGAAGCAAGAACUAAAAGAAAUAGAAGACCGCAUCUUAAUGAAACUCUCCUCCUCUGAAGGUUCCCCCCUAGACGAUAUAGACUUUAUCACUACUCUAGAAGCUUCUAAGAUCAAAUCUGAAGAUAUUAAGAGCAAAGUUGAAGCAGCUGAAAUUACCCAAAUUGACAUCGAUAACACUCGAAUGCAAUACGUGCCUGUAGCUAACCGCGGGCAGAUUCUAUUCUUUUGUGUUGCGGAUCUAUCCAAUGUUGAUCCAAUGUAUCAAUACUCCCUCGAGUGGUUCAUCAAUACGUUUAUUAAUAGCAUGGCGGAGACAGAAAAGACGGAGAAUUUAAACGAACGUGUGCAAAUUAUUAACGAUUAUUUUACGUAUAAUCUAUACGCAAAUGUGUGCCGAAGUUUAUUUGCAAAAGACAAACUUCUUUUUGCAUUUUUGUUAUGUGUGAGGAUUAUGAUGAACGAGAAUCAGAUUGAUCCGCAAGAGUGGAUGAUGUUUUUGGCUGGUGCGUCGCCCAAAUCAGACAUGCCUAAUCCAUGUAAACGUUGGUUGACAGAAAAAGCGUGGAAGGAGAUUCUGUCAUUGUUAGAACUACCAAACUUCCAACAAUUUGUUAAGACGUUUGGACAGUACGAGGAUACUUACAAGACAAUUUUUGAAUCACCUCAACCUCACAGGGAACCACUUCCGGAAGAACUGGCAGAUGAAAUGAACUUGUUUAGGAAGCUAAUCAUCAUCAAAUCACUCCGACCUGAUAAGAUUACUAAUGCAAUGCAGGAUUUCUUGAUUGAAAAAAUGGGUCAACAAUUUAUUGAGCCUAUAACGAGUGAUUUAUCCGCAAUGUAUAAAGAAUCCGCACCGACCGUUCCCCUUAUAUUUGUUUUAUCCACUGGUACUGAUCCUGCGUAUGAUUUGUUUAAAUUUGCUGAUAAAAUGAAAAUGACAAAGAGAACUUUUGCUAUUUCUUUGGGGCAAGGUCAAGGGCCUCUUGCUGAACGCUUGAUUAAAGAGGGCGUUGAGAUCGGUAACUGGGUAUUUUUCCAAAAUUGUCAUUUAGCACCAAGCUUUAUGCCUCGCUUGGAACGCGUCGUAGAUGAAAUAGAACCAGAAGCAGCCCACAAAGAAUUCCGCAUUUGGUUAACUUCCACUCCAUCGCCACACUUUCCGGUGGCCAUAUUACAAAAUGGCAGCAAAAUGACUGUUGAGCCUCCUAGGGGAUUGAAAGCUAACAUGUUACGAGCAUACAACAAUCAACUCACUGAUUUAGCUGACUUUUUCCAUUCAGAGCAUCCUAAAGUGAAUACCUUUAAGUGGCUGUUUUUCUCUUUGUGUGUUUUCCAUGGAUGUUUAUUAGAACGACGUAAAUUUGGCCCGUUAGGAUUCAACAUUGCUUAUGAAUUCACCGAUGGCGAUUUAAAAAUUUCCAUCUCACAAUUGUACAUGUUCUUAUUGGAAUAUUCAGAGGUGCCGUUCAAAGUUUUGACAUACACAGCCGGGCAUAUUAAUUAUGGCGGCCGUGUAACAGAUGACUGGGAUAGAAGAUGUCUCAUGAACAUUCUAGCAGAUUACUACAAACCUGAAGUUCUAAAUGAUAGCUAUGUGUUUGAUGAUGGUAAAUAUUAUCAUCAGCUACCUGGUGAUACAACAUUAUUAGACUACAUGGAUUAUUUGAAGACAUUCCCUUUGAACGAUGAUCCUUCUUUGUUUGGUUUGCAUGAUAAUGCUGAUAUCACGUGUGCUCAAGCAACAGCAUACGGUACAUUAGCCACUCUUUUAACUCUACAGCCGAAAGAAGUCGGAGCAACUGCAACCAAUCAAGAGGAACAAACCGCAAACAUGGCAAACACAAUUUUAUCCCAAGUACCUGAAAUGUUUGAUGUAGCUGCCAUCCUAGAAACUUAUCCUGUAUUAUAUGAAGAAUCUUUGAAUACUGUCAUUGUCCAAGAGGCAAUCCGAUACAAUAGAUUACUGAAUGUUAUAAGUACAUCUUUAAAAGACCUUUUGAAAGCUUUGAAAGGUUUGGUUGUCAUGUCAGAAGCUUUAGAGAAAAUGGCAAUCUCACUAUUCACCAACAUAGUGCCUGAUAUUUGGGCAGGCAAAGCAUAUCCCUCUUUAAAACCCUUAGGUGCAUGGGUAGAGGACCUUAAUAAACGUGUGGAGUUCUUAAAUCAAUGGGUCCGGAGAGGAAUACCAUUUUCCUUCUGGAUUUCAGGUUUUUACUUUCCCCAGGCGUUUCUAACGGGAACUUUACAAAAUUUUGCAAGAAAGUAUGUAGUGUCUAUUGAUACAAUUGGAUUUGGCUUUCAAAUUCUCAAAUCAAAUCCAAUGACUAAACCUAAAGAUGGUUGCGCUAUUUUUGGGCUGUUUCUAGAGGGAUGUCGAUGGGAUCCAUUCUUCAGUGAAUUAAGUGAAUCAAAACCGAAAGAGUUGUAUACAGAAAUGGUACCUAUUUUAAUGGUACCAGAAGAAAAUCACAAGAAACCAACGGGCGUUUAUGAAUGCCCCGUAUAUAAAACAUUGAAAAGAGCCGGAGUUCUGUCGACUACCGGCCAUUCCACAAACUAUGUCAUCGCUUGUGAAAUACCAACUGAUAAACCCGAAAAACAUUGGAUUCAGAGAGGAGUCGCUCUGUUUUGUGCUCUCGACUAUUAACUUUAUCAUAUAUACUGCAUUUUAGAUAAAUAUUUUUU